AUGCUUCCUGGGGCCCCCGAGCCUUACGUCCUUGGAGAGUGGCUUGAAAUCAUUCCACAGCGGAUAGGGCAUAGUGAAACAUUCGAUAUCGCCCUAGAAUGUCUCAUUACCAGCGCAUUGACCUACGUCAACACAACCGAGCGCAACCUGGCCGAGACAUGCGCCUUGAAUUCGAGGGCCCUGGCUCGUAUCAGAGCCAUGCUUUCCAGAGGGGAAGAAUCACCGAAAGAGCAGGACGACAUUCUUCUGGCCAUCUCUUUUCUUUACGCGGCCGAGGUAUGA